AUGUGUCCAUUAAAAACUCUACGGGGCUUCACGUCAGAUUUAAAUAUGGACGUGCCAACUCAUGUCCUUAAUGCAGGCUGGAUGGACGGACGGAGCUGUGUAAUGAGCACAAGGACACGAAAACACCUAAGUAAGCUCGAUUUUGAGACUAACUUAAAAUUCGUUAACUUGUAUGUAAGAGAGGCCUUUUCCUACGAAUCUGCACGGAGCGACUUUCAGUUUCCAAACAAGACUAUUUGUGAUUGGGCAAGCUUCUGUCGGGAGGUGUUAAUUUCUUGGUGUUUAGAUAAUGAGUCAGACCAGAUAGGAGGGCCAGGGGAAAUUGUUGAAAUUGAUGAAAGUAAAUUUGGUAAAAGAAAAUAUAACGUUGGUCGACUCAUAGAAGGUCAGUGGGUUUUUGGAGGAGUAUGCCGCAAAAGUAGGAAAUUCUUCUUCGUACCUGUGCAGACGCGUGACUCUCUUACUUUGCUUAAAGUCAUUAAAGAGCGUAUCCACCCAGGGACAACGGUCAUUAGUGAUUGUUGGAAGGCAUACAACUGUCUUGAAACAGAGGGCUAUCAACAUUUAACUGUGAAUCAUUCAUACAAUUUUGUUGACCCUGACACUAAGGCGCACACCAAUACGAUCGAGCGGAAAUGGAGGGAUGCAAAAGCCAAAAAAUUAUGGAAGCCUAUCAAAAUUGAUUAUGGGAGCACAUCUCGAUAUGAUGCCACAUUUAGCACCACGAGGAGCGCCAGCGUUAAGGGCUUUGUGCAUUUUGGUUCAGUUGUGUUUGUGCAUGUUUCUUCGGCUAAUCACAGACAUCGAAAGGAACUCGCAUAUGUAAAGGAACACAUCCUCGACCCCAGAGGGGCAGUCAUCCUGCCACUGGAUCCGCCUCUACGAGGUGCAGGACUUGAGCUCCCUCUCUGA